GAUACCAAUACUUGCGAGGAGCCCUACAAAUUAUCCCUCAACAAUGGCUGACAGGGUGUGUGCUUCGCUGGCGGGUGACAGUUCGCCUGAGAGAUCAUACGCGGUGUAGAAAUACCUAAACGUAACCGGCUUAUACAAGAGAAGGUGAGUUCCCCCUUCCUCAAUGUGUCCAACCGCACUGCAGCAGUUACUUUAUAACCGAGGCGGCUCUAACAUGCCCCCAUCAUGAACCCUGAACGUUAUCUAUUACACAAUCUAUUUGAAGCAAUUCAGAGGUCAUUUUAGUGCUUAAACGCCGCAGGGACAAGGAAGAAAGGGCACGCGCGUUAGCUUCUCUUUCGAAACAGCAAGUCUCAAGAUCAGAUGAACUCCUCCGGAGAACCUGAUGAAAAGCGCAAACCCCGCGGCUGGACCGGGACCCUCGCUUUGACCGUAUGUUCCGCCGCCAUCGGAGGCACCUUCCAGUAUGGUUACAACAUCUCAAUUAUCAACGCCCCCACCACCUACAUCCAGAGCUUCAUCAACGACACCUACACGCAGCGCUGGGGGGUCAGCCUGGACGGGCCCCAGGUGACCCUGUUGUGGACCCUCAUCGUGUCGGCCUUCUCGCUGGGCGGUUUGCUCGGGGCCCUGCUGGCGGGUCCCCUGUCAGUCCGCUUCGGCCGGAAGUACUCGCUGCUUCUGAACAAUUCCUUUCUGUUGGUCGGUGCCGCGCUCGUGCUGGCCUCCCGGGCGGCGGGCUCGUUUGAGAUGAUCCUCGCUGCCCGUCUUCUGGUGGGGGUGAACUCGGGCGUCAGUAUGAACGUCCAGCCGAUGUACUUUGGGGAGAGCGCCCCGAAACACCUCCGCGGUGCUGUGGCCUUUUCCUCCGCUGUGUUCACUGCCCUCGGGAUCUUCCUGGGUCAGGUGGUGGGACUCACCGGGCUUCUGGGUUCCGAGCCUCUCUGGCCCUACCUGCUGGCCAGUAACGCCUUGCCAGGGUUGAUCCAGCUCUUCGCCCUGCCCUGGUUCCCCGAAAGCCCCAGGUACCUUCUCAUCGACCGGGGAGACCGGGAAGCGUGCGUCCUGGCUCUUGGCAGGCUUCGCGGUGGGGAGGCCCCCGCCUUGGAGAUGGAGGAGAUGCUGCAGGAGCAGGAGUUGCAGAAAUCUGCUGCCUUAAAGUCUGGAAAUGCAGCUUCUGCCAAGACGCCCUGGUCUCUGUUCAAGGAUCCUGCCCUGCGAUCCCAAAUCCGAACUGUCACGGCUGCCAGCAGUGCCAUGAUGCUCUGCGGCAAUGACUCCAUCUACUUCUACGCCUCCUACAUCUUCCUCGCAGCAGGGAUCCCACCAGAGAAAAUCCAAUACAUCACAAUAGGCACGGGGGCGUCCGAGCUGACUGCUUCCAUCCUCAGUAAUCUGCUGAUUGAACGCGUGGGCCGCAAGUACCUUCUCGUGGGAGGGUACGGCCUCAUGUCUUUCUGGUCCGUAGUUUUCACCGUGGCGCUCAUCCUCCAAAGCAGCGGCGUGGCCGCCAUGGCCUACGUCAGCAUGGGGUGUGUGUUCGGCUACAUCCUCAGCUUCGGUUUGGGCCCCGCGGGGGUGACCGGGAUCUUGCCGGCGGAGAUCUUCGACCAGACGGCCCGGCCGGCGGCGUACAUGUUGGCCGGCUCGUGCAUGUGGAUCGGCCUGUUCCUGGUGGGGAUGCUCUUCCCCUUUAUUGUCAACUCCCUGGGGAGCUACUGCUUCCUGCCGUUCUUGGCCGUGUGCCUGGUGUCGGCCGUGUUUUUUGGGCUCACCUUACCGGAGACGAAGGGAAAGACGCUGGCCGAGAUCACCGCAGAGUUCGACGUGAUGAAUGGCUUGAGAAGGCCGACAAUGGAGGAGAGGCCGGAGAUGCAGUUGAAAGAGCCAGUUCGGGAGCACUACCAGCUGGGUAAAGCCAGCUCCUUCACUCAGCUGACGCAGGAGCUUGACCCUCAUCAGAAGGAUCGGGACUGAAGUUAAAGUUUAAAAAAGUGCCUUUGUCACCUCGUAAUGCACUUUUAAGUGUGACAAAGGAAUCCAUAUGUGAAAUGUCCGGUUUACGUAAAUUGAAAAAUUGAAUCUUGUUUUUGUUUUAUAUUAAGUUAAAACAAUGCAAGUAUUCUGUUCAUGCAUAACAUGCUUACAUGCACAUGCAUGACCCUCUGAUAAUAAUUAUCGACAGCGUGUGCCACAUCCUGACAGUCUAUUGACGCUCGCUAAAGCAGGACAAUCUGUCCUCUCCAUGAAGGCUCCUUCGUGGCAUAGCAGCUGAACACCUCUCUCUCUGCAGAGAGCAGCUUGAGAACUACUUGUCCACCCAAUCUCCAGGGGGAGUCGGGAGGUCCGUAUAUGGCUGCAUAAGUCAAAAAGAGAUGAAUUGAAGAGAAACCUUCCCCGAUCUUAACCAAAACCAUCCCUUAUUUUUAUUCUCCCUCUCACACACGACUUUAUGCUGGAGUCUUUCUCGACGUUUUGAAGUCUGGCACUAUUUAAGAAUUCUCAAAGACUUGGUCCGAGCACCACGCCAGUAUAAAGCGGUCAACCGGCAGCGGUUUGGACAAUAAGGCAGAGCCGGCCAGGAUUUAAAUGGUGUAUAUUUAACGUUGACCCAGUCCUAAUUCAGUCUGCACCGGCUAGAUAGCGGUGCUUGUUUACUGUGUAAUCUGAUGAUACACUGGUUUUGUGGACACCUCUGCCCGGCCCAUUGGUUCAGGCUUGUUCCAUUUGUAUCGUUCCACUCGGUUAAUUUCACAGAACUACAAGCCUCUUUAAUUCAUGCUUUUGUUGUUAUUUAUGCAUCAACCAAACUGUAGACGUUCUUAGUGCCUCUUACAGCAUGGUCCAAUUGUUCCAACCCGUGGAACUGUUUGCCUUGUCCUCCUGCUCCUGGGUGCAGCUCUUCCUUACAGCCAGCAGUUGUCACCAUUGUCAUUGCACCGCACUCGUUCUCCCCUCGGGGCCCCAACAGGAAGAUGUAUGAUAUCGAACACGACUCACAGAUGUAACACCCAGGCCAAGAUGACACUUUUUGAUUUAGCAGCUGUCAGCUCUCGUGGGCCUUCUGUUGAUCUGUCACGGCCUCGACAUGUUCCCUUUUUUUUCUUUUUUGUUGUUGACUGAAUCAAGAUGCUGCACAUAUUUAUUAUUUAACAUUGAAGGUGCUUUUUUUAUGACAAUGAAUGAUCCAAAUCUUCUGUCUCACUUCUAGUGAACUCUCCCUUUCUUGUUGAAUGUCAGGAAUUAACCCACGCACUGCUGUAGCACGCUGGCAUCUUUGCACUACCCAAAUUAUUGCUGUUGUAUGUUGGUCCAAAGCAUGUGAUGACAAUUCUCCAAUAAUAAGGAUUCUGUAAAAUAACAUCCUGUGUUUCACUUGAACUUCAUUUUUGUGAGAUACUAUAUUUUGCAAAUUGCAACUAUGUAUUCAAUGGUAUUUAUUCAAUGAAAAUCAAAUUACUAACC